AUGAUACACGUGGGAGAAGCAAUGCUUUCUUUUUUUUUGUUGGUGUGGUCAAAUUGUAAUUGUCACGCGUUAAAUAUCUGUCAAACCAAGCGCAACCUCCAUUCAUUAAUUGAAGGAGAAAGAAUCAUCGAAAACCCUAAAAAGUCUUUAGAAGCAAGAAUCGCUACGAGAGCCGACCAAAGAGAAAAAAAGGAAGACGCAACCAAAUACUCAAAGGUGCUGAGAUGUGUCUGUUGAUUGCUUCUGGUCUAUGGGUUCCUGCGACAUACUGAGUGUGUUGUUCGGUUUAGGUGUUUGGUGCAUUGCUUAUAUAUCUGUCGCCGUCUUUGCAUCUUUUAGAAUCGUUCACUCUCUUUGCUCUAUUUAAGUUGGAAGAUUUUGCUUUGUUACAAUGGGUUAUGCUCAACUCGUUAUCGGUCCAGCAGGCAGCGGAAAGUCAACUUAUUGCUCGUCUUUGUAUGAACACUGUGAAACGGUCGGCAGAACAAUGAAUGUUGUUAACUUGGAUCCUGCUGCUGAAAUCUUCAACUAUCCUGUGGCUAUGGAUAUCAGAGAACUUGUUUCUUUGGAAGAUGUAAUGGAGGAGCUCGGGCUUGGUCCUAAUGGUGCCCUGAUGUACUGCAUGGAAUACCUUGAGGAUAGCUUACAUGAUUGGGUGGAUGAAGAAUUGGAGAACUACCGAGAUGAUGAUUACCUUAUAUUCGAUUGUCCAGGCCAGAUAGAACUGUUUACACAUGUUCCUGUGCUCAAGAACUUUGUGGCGCAUUUACAACAGAAGAACUUCAACGUCUGUGUUGUUUAUCUGCUUGAUUCACAGUUCAUAACAGAUGUCACCAAGUUUAUCAGCGGUUGCAUGUCGUCUCUCUCUGCAAUGAUCCAGCUUGAAUUACCUCACAUCAACAUCCUCUCAAAGAUGGAUCUCUUGCAGGAUAAAAGCAACAUUGACAACUACUUGGAUCCGGAGCCUCGCACAUUGUUGGCAGAGUUAAACCAAAAGAUGGGUCCUCGAUAUGCGAAAUUGAACAAAGCCCUGAUUGAGAUGGUGGGAGAAUAUGGGAUGGUGAAUUUCAUACCCCUUGACAUAAGGAAAGAACGAAGUAUUCAGUAUGUGCUGUCCCAGAUUGAUGUCUGCAUCCAGUUUGGAGAAGACGCUGAUGUUAAGAUCAAAGAUGAGGAUGAAGAUUUUGGUGAUGAUCAAUAAUUUCUUACUCUGUUUCACGAACGUUUCUCUUAAAACUUCUAAACAAUCUUGGUGUUGUCAAAAAGGCCAAUGAACUUGUGAGAAAUAUUUUAUUACUGAAUAUCAAACCUUAACUAGUGAGAUUUCCAACUA